AACAAAAUUUGACGUUUUAGAGGAGCGGACUCACAAGCUAAGAAUUGAAAAAUGUGAAUCUUUGAAAUCCUGCUCUUGCUCUUUUCACGCUCAUAUACAAGAUGACGACGUUUCGACAUGUACAUACACACCUAUUUCUUCCUUCCGCUGCCACACUCCGCAGUCCUCACACACCGACUUCAGCCGGAUCCGCACUUCUCCUUCCCCGCCCGCGUUUUUGGCCAUCUUUUUCGCUUAGCCCUGCGCCCGCCAAACUUUCCCCUGCAGCCUUUCUUUCUUCGUCGUCUUCGCUCUCUUCACUACAUGCACAGCUGAGGCGCGGGUUCUUGCACUUGUGCCGUCGAUUUCCUGUGAUGGCUUCUUCAACCCAGGCUUCUCUACAAGAAGAAAAGCCUAGAUUGACAUUGGAACAGCUUAAUUGGGACAACUCUUUCAUCCGGGACCUUCCCGGCGACUCCAUAACAGACGGACCUCCCCGCCAGGUUUUACAUGCUUGCUAUACAAAGGUUUCUCCUUCAGCUCUUGUUGAUAAUCCACAACUCGUUGUUUGGUCGAACUCAGUUGCCGAAUUACUUAAUUUAGACCCCAAAGAGUUUGAAAGACCAGAUUUUCCUCUCAUAUUUUCAGGGGUGUCACUCUCGAAGGGAAGUGUUCCUUAUGCACAGUGUUAUGGGGGUCAUCAGUUUGGAAUGUGGGCUGGCCAACUUGGUGAUGGUCGGGCCAUAACACUUGGAGAAGUUUUGAAUUACCAAGGGGAGCGGUGGGAACUUCAGUUGAAAGGGGCUGGUAAAACUCCUUAUAGUCGUUUCGCUGAUGGCUUUGCAGUUCUUCGGAGCAGUAUUCGUGAAUUUCUAUGCAGUGAAGCCAUGGAUGCUCUUGGUAUUCCAACAACUCGUGCUCUUUGUCUUGUAACUACAGGAAAAAGCGUGACUCGUGAUAUGUUUUACGAUGGUAAUCCAAAAGAAGAACCGGGAGCUAUUGUUUGCCGUGUAGCUCAAUCUUUCCUACGAUUUGGAUCUUAUCAGAUUCAUGCAUUAAGAGGCGAGGAAGAUGUGCAAAUCGUUCGUACUUUGUUGGACUACACCAUACAACAUCAUUUCCCACAUUUGAAUAGCCUCUCAAGCACAGGCGAGGACUUUUCUUUGAAGCCAGAAGGACUUGAAAAGCCUGCUGUCGACUUGACAACUAACAAAUAUGCAGCCUGGUUUUGUGAGGUGGCAGAACGUACAGCAGUUUUAAUUGCAAAGUGGCAGGGUGUUGGGUUCACGCAUGGUGUAAUGAACACUGACAACAUGAGCAUUCUUGGUCUCACCAUUGAUUAUGGUCCCUUUGGAUUUUUAGAUGCAUUUGAUCCCAAUUAUACUCCAAAUACAACAGACUUGCCUGGGAGGAGGUACUGUUUUGCAAACCAGCCAGAUAUUGGGAUGUGGAAUCUUGCACAGCUAGGAAGCACUUUGUCUACUGCAAACCUCAUUAAUGAUGAGGAGCUUAAAUAUGCCAUGGCAAAGUAUGGUUCUAGAUUUAUGGAUGAAUAUCAGUCUGUUAUGACCAAAAAGCUUGGCCUGGCAAAAUACAAUAAGGACAUUAUCAGCAAGCUUCUUACCAACAUGGCAAUUGAUAAAGUGGACUACACAAUUUGUUUCCGUGCACUUUCCAAUAUUAAAACUAUCCAUGACUUGAAAGAUGAUGAACUUCUUAACCCAUUAAAAGCUGCUCUGCUUGACAUUAGUAAGGAGCGGAAGAAAGCCUGGACUGAUUGGUCACGGCAGUAUAUACAAGAGCUUGCUUCAUCUGGGAUAUCUGAUGAAGAAAGAAAAAUAUCAAUGGAUUCUGUAAAUCCAAAGUUCGUUUUGCGGAACUAUUUAUGCCAGAGUGCCAUUGAUGUUGCAGAGCAGGGGGAUUUUACGGAAGUGCGUAGGCUAUUGAAAGUGAUGCAGAAGCCCUACGAUGAACAAUUAGGCAUGGAAAAAUAUGCGCGAUUGCCACCUGCAUGGGCUUAUCGUCCAGGUGUUUGUAUGCUAUCCUGCUCGUCUUGAUUUAGAAUUCAACCAUUACGAAAUUUUGAAGGAAAAUUUGUUUCUAGAUGCUUGUAAAUUAAUCUAUCUGAAUUGUACAGAUUAAAAAUAAUGACUUCAAGUUGUAAUAAAUGGUUCCUUUUAUCUUAGUGUGGUGGUAAGUUUUACCAAGUGCUUCCAUCUGUUAAUUCAUUUUCAUGUACUCUUUCUGAUUUGGAUUCUAAUCCUCAGUAGUUUCUGAAGUUGUUGGGAAUUUUAAAGAAUAUGUAUUAUUUGUAAAGAUGACCCCCAAAAUAUGUUCGAGAGAGCAUUAAGAAAAAAUUGUGUUCUGAUUAAUUGAUAGUUUUUGACUUUGUUUCU